AUGUCGCAGCCCAGGGCCCUGCAGCGGCGCCCGCUGAGCCGUUGCGCCGCCGCCGCCUCGCCGUUGCCACGGACGCGCCGGAGGGAGGGAGGGAUGGCGCUGGCCGCCGCUCCCCUGUCCUGCACCUACGAGGAGUACCUGGAGUCGCAGCUGACGGCGCGGGACCUGCGCUACCUGGAGAGCGAAGCGGUGCGGCGGCAGGUGGUGGAUCUGGGCCUCUGCGGCUCCGGGGACGUGCUGUGGCGAGAGGAGUUCGAGGCCCCGGCGGCGGCGGCCGCGGGACUGCCGGCAGCGGCCCCCCGGACGUCACUAUCAAGUGUAGGAGAAGAACUGAAAGAUAACUUUUUGUGGGCCCUGGCAGAAAGAGAGGAAGCCAAUCGUACUGGAAAAAUUUCUUCCAUAAUAUUCAUUCGGGACCGAAAUUCUCGUUGCCAAGAGGUGUCUGCAUACAUUGACUAUGCACACAGACUGACAACAGAUGAUUUUGAAGUCUGCUUCAGUGGGAAGAAAAGACUUUUUCCUCGGAACACUGAUCUGAGCUUUUACAACUGGGAUAGAAAUGUCAGCACUUCAAAUUCCAGCCCAAAUUACCAAGUGAUUGCAGAAAAUGCCUGUGGACUACUCUUCAAGAACAAAAGUGAUGGGAAAAUAAUAAAUGUGGACUCCAAGGCUUACCCAGGAGACAACACAACACGGACGCCUGUUGAAACAGAUCUCUAUCUCCAUGUUGUUAUCUAUGACCAUAUUGUCAGAAGAGGGACCUAA